UUUUUCUUUUUCUUUUUCUUUUUAUUAUCAUCCAUCGUAUUUUUCCCUUCGUGACUUUCUUUUCUUUCUUUCUUUCUUUAUUUUUUUUUUCCGUCUUUCUAACGAACAAAAAUCAAUAUGGUUUUUGACGCGAGCACGAUACGGCUGGUAAUACUCUUAUGUGUGACUUUAUAUCUACACGCCGGAGACUAUAGUACCUUUAUACCUUCAAUAUUUGCCAAAAACGUGGAUAAGAAUGAUACAGAUUCUAACAAAGGACCGAUAGGUCCACCGAUAAAAGGAUCUAAAGAAAUAUUAACAAUUGACUUUACGACGAAAAAGGAAACCGAGAAGGACAAUGGUAUCACAAGACGGGCCAAGAUAAUGACAACAAUCAAGACUGCCUGCCUGCCAAAACUCAUUUGCGAAUUGACGUCUUCGGUUCAUCAGGAUCAAUUAAGCGAAAUGGAACGUUCACUGUUGAAUUUGAUUCGGGACACAAGUUUGAAUACGAUCGCAGAAGUACCCUCGAGAUAUCAUUUCGCGGCUCACAUGGGUCAAUUAAUUUCUGGCGUGGAAGGACAAGGCUGCCAUAACUUCUAUCCUACUUGUCCUCUACCAAGUAUCAGUGUACUUAACAUGAUGAAGAAAAUUAGAUUGCAAUGAAAAACGAACGAAUCAUUGUAAUUUGUUAAAUUGAUGCUACUCGAAGAAUCUUGUGUCGCUGUGAAAGUUUUUAAAAUAUCUGUGAUAUUCUUAUGAUGAUGUUGUUGGAAGAAUGUAAAUGACGUAGGAACGAAUCUUUUUAUCUUUUUUUUUUUUUUCUUCUUCUUCUUCUUCUUCUUUUUUUCUUUCUUUAAUAUUUCUUUAUAUUUCUUUUCUACCAUUGUAUAAUAUUUUUAUCGUAUGAAAUUACGAUCAUUGUCAUUAACUUGAUCGUCGAUUUUUCACGAGUUUCAUUUUUGCGAAAUAUUUUCAUAAAAAUAUUUUUAUUUCAUCGAUCAGUAUUUACUAGACAAUCGUAAAAAAGAUCAAGAUAGCAUCAUAAUUCGAUAGGGAUAAAUAAAAAUCAAAUACGAUUUUAGAAAAUAUUUUCACCUUGUAAUACUCGAAAGAUUUAAAUUCGUAUAUCGAUUUCAGACAAAUUUAAUAAAUACUCGAGUACUUAUGGCUAACGUGUAUAAUAUUUAAGCAAAGCGCAUAAUAUCAAGGAGAUCUAACCAAAGACGAGAUCGAUGUAAUAGAUCUUCUCUUUCGCUUUACAAGUUCAUUCAUCCCUUUUACAACCACGUCUCUUUCAUAAGUUCAAUCAUCCCUAUUAGUCCUACUCUAACAAUUAUUGCGAUCAUACUUGAAAGAUAAUUCACUGUAUCGCUUUACCCCGCUUUCAACGUCAUUAUAAUCGGCCAUUUAAUCUGCCUUACGAUACAACCGUGCGAGAUAACAAGAGAGAUCAUUCGAGAUAUAGUAAUUAUUUCCUCCGUGACUCUUCUCGAGUCAACAAUCAAAAUGCUUUGUCCUUCAAAAUUGAAUUAUGAAUAGGACGAUGAACAUUUUCUUCAAAGAUCAAUCAAAAAUCAUAUUUAUACGAAAUAUUAUUAUAUUUACGAUGGUUAAUUGAAAAUAUCGAAAUAUAUAAACUUUAUACUGAUAUAUUAAACGUUAAUAAAAUAUAUUUUAUAAUGGAAUAUUAU